AUGGAGGAAAGGGACACUAGUGGAGAGCUCCUAAGAGUGGAUUCAAAUGUCUCAGACUGGAGGACUAACAUAACAGUGAAUGGAAGCAACCACACUGGAAUUUCAUUUUCUGAGAUCAUAUAUUGCACCAUGAUUUUUCUUUCCCUCAUCUUUUCCCUAUUUGGGCUGGUUGGAAAUGCCAUAGUGCUAUGGCUCCUGGGUUUCCACGUGCACAAGAAUGUCUUUUCUGUCUACAUUCUCAACCUGGCUGGUGCUGACUUUCUCUUCAUGUGUUUUCAGAUUGUAUGUUGCCUUCAGAUUAUUUUGGAAAUAUUCUACCCCAGCCUCAACAAUUAUGUUUUUCUUGUAGGGUUAAACUUUGCUUAUCUUUGUAGCCUGAGCAUUCUCUGCGCCAUUAGCAUUGAACGUUGCCUAUCUGUCCUGCGGCCUAUCUGGUAUCGCUGCCAACGUCCAAGGCACACAUCAGCUGUCAUCUGUACCCUGCUUUGGGUGUUGUCCCUGCUGUUGAGCCUCCUAGAAGGAAAGGAAUGUGGCCUCCUAUUUAAUAUUGAUAGCGCUGGUUGGUGUCAUAUACUUGAUUUCAUCGCUACUGCAUGGUUAAUUGCUCUAUUUGUGGUUUUCUUGGGGUCUAGUCUGACCUUAGUGGUUACUGUAUUUUGGGGCUCACACAGGAUUCCUGUGACUAGGCUAUAUGUAGUCAUUGUGUCCACAGUGCUGGUCUUCCUACUAUUUGGGCUGCCGUAUGGGAUCUACUGGUUCCUUUUAACAUGGCUUGACACUUGUGAUAAUGGUGGGCCUUGUAAGUUUUUUGCAGUGACUAUAUUUCUGUCCUGUGUUAACAGCUGUGCCAACCCCAUCAUUUACUUCCUCAUUGGCUCUAUUAGGUACCGCAUGCACCAGCGCAAGUCCCUCAAGCUGCUUCUGCAGAGGGCCAUGCAGGACACUCCUGAGGAGGAGGAAGGUGGAGAGAGGGGUCCUUCAGGAAGAUCUAGAGAAAUGACAAUGGUCUGGCAGGGACUGAGGGCUGCUUUGAUCAAGCAGAAAUAA